AUCAACCAUUCGAAUACUCCCUGUCUCGCCUCUUCUUCGAGACAUUCCUCCAUACUCUAAAGCCCUUCACCCGUUUAGCACCAACUUCGCAUCAUGAAGGCCGUCGUCGCAGGAGCAUCCGGUGGAAUCGGACAGCCGCUGUCUCUUCUCCUCAAGGCCUCUCCUCUGGUCGACCACCUGUCCCUUUACGAUGUCGUCAACACCCUCGGUGUAACCGCCGACCUGUCCCACAUCUCGUCCAUUGCCACCAUCGACGGCUACCUCCCAGAGAACGGCGAGGGCUUGAAGAAGGCCUUGAAGGGCGCCGACAUCGUUGUCAUUCCGGCCGGCAUUCCCCGCAAGCCAGGCAUGACCCGUGAUGACCUGUUCAAGAUCAACGCUGGAAUCGUCCAGGGCCUCGUCCAGGGCAUCGCCGAGACCUGCCCAGAUGCUUUCAUCUUGAUCAUCUCCAACCCCGUCAACAGCACCGUCCCAAUCGCCGCCGAGGUCCUCAAGAAGGCCGGCAAGUUCAACCCAAAGAAGCUCUUCGGUGUCACCACCCUCGAUGUCGUCCGCGCCGAGACCUUUGUCCAGUCCCUCACUGGCACCAAGGACCCAGCCAAGACCGUUAUCCCAGUCGUUGGUGGUCACUCCGGCGAGACUAUUGUCCCACUCUUCUCCAAGGCCGAGCCAUCCGUCAGCAUUCCUCAAGACAAGCUCGAUGCUCUCACCAACCGCGUCCAAUUCGGUGGUGACGAGGUCGUCAAGGCAAAGGACGGAGCUGGCUCAGCCACUCUCUCCAUGGCCUACGCUGGUUUCCGCUUCGCCGAGAGGGUCAUGGAGGCCGCCAAGGGCAAGUCUGGAGUUGUCGAGAACACUUUCGUCUACCUUCCUGGUGUGACCGGCGGUGACGAGCUUGUCAAGGAGACCGGUCUUGAGUACUUUUCCGCUCCUGUCACGCUCGGCAAGAAUGGUGCCGAGUCGAUCCAGAACAUCGUCAAGGAGGCCAACGACUAUGAGAAGAAGCUGCUCGAGAAGUGCUACGAGGGUCUCAAGGGCAACAUUGAGAAGGGUAUCGAGUUCGUCAAGAACCCACCUCCUCCACAAGAAAAGAAGUAGAUGAUGAGCAAGGUCUUAGACUUCAGGUAGAUCUAGUUCGUCUGCCUCGUAUGGUUUGGAUAUGAUGAUACGAGCCGAUCGUUCGAUAGGACGGGCGGAACACUUCGAGGAGCAUAGCCCGGAAUACAAAAGCCAUCUUCUUGACUUC